AUGCCUAACGUAUCCUUUGAUAUCUUCUUUGACAAGGACUUUAUCAACAUCACAGCCACCCGAGGACAGACUGCCCCCAAGGCCAAACCCGAGUGGAAGGUCCGCACCGCUCCCAAACUACCACCGAAGCCUGUGGUCGAGGAUCCUACCGGGACUCCCAGACCGCCACCGAGACAGAAGUUGACCACCCUUCGUCAGCCGGUGCAUCACCACAAGCAAGAAGCACCUCCCAGCGCCCAGAAGCCUGAGCCCGCCGAAAGCGUGAACGGUGCCAGUUCUGCCGGCGAAGAGAAACCCAAGCGAAAGCCUCCGAAGCUCGGUCCCAGAAAGUCGGCCACUGCUGCAACCCCUUCAGCCACCCCGGCGGCGUAA